AUGGAGAGCGUCGUUGAUCACGAUAUAGUGGUGGUGGACGAGUUCGAUGCUCUGUCCAUUGAAGUCAAGACGUCGGCUGAGCCGGUUGAGUCGGUUGUGUCGGUUGCACCCAUCCCGACAAAGUUUCCCGCUAAGCUGCACGCCCGCAAGGUUGCGGCGGAGCUCAACGCCAGCGAUGGCCUCGUUUUCCUGCCCGGUGAGCCGAGCCGCAGCUACGAGGACUCGGACAUGGGCCCGACCUUUAGACAGCGGCGAUACUUCUACUACCUGAGCGGCGCCAACUUUGCCGACUGCGCCGUGACCUACGAGCUCGCGUCAGACCGCCUCAUCCUCUGGAUCCCCUACGUCGAGCCGCGCCAGGUCCUCUGGUUCGGCUCGACGCCGGGUAUCGCGGAGUGCCUGAGGCGGUUCGACGUCGACGACGUGCGCUACACGACGCAGCUCAACAAGUUUCUGUACCGGCACCUGUCACCCGGCUCGACGCUGUACGUCCUCCACGCCGACCAGGUACCGCUUCAUGGCGACUUUUACCAGGCGGCCGCCGACGUGCGCAUCGACCUGACCUCGCUGCAGACGGCCGCCGACCAGGCGCGCGUCGUCAAGACGGAGUACGAGGUCGCCAUGAUCCGGAAAGCCGCGGCGGUUUCGGCGGCCGCGCACCGGCGGGUCGCCGAGAGGAUGCUCAAGCUGGGCAACGAGAGCGAGAUUGAGGCCAUUUUCCAGGCGUGGUGCACGACCGCGGGCGCGCGGGAGCAAGCGUACGCCAUCAUCGCCGGCAGCGGCAAGAACGCGAGCACGCUGCACUACGACGCCAACGACGAGCCGCUCGAGGGCCGCGAGCUCGUCGUGUUUGAUGCCGGGUGCGAGUGGCAAUGCUACGCGAGUGACAUUACGCGCACGCUGCCCAUCGCGGGGCGGUUCUCGGCCGAGGCGCAGGCCGUCUACGACGUCGUGGCGAGGAUGCAGGACGAGUGCAUCGACCUCAUCCGGCCGGGCACGCUCUUCUUUGACCUGCACGUCCACGCGAGCCGGGUCGCCCAAGAGGGGUUGUUCAAGUUGGGCGUCCUACGGGGGGAUCCGACCGAGGUGUGGGAUGCGGGCACCGUCGCGGCAUUUUUCCCUCAUGGGCUGGGACAUCAUGUCGGGUUGGAGGUGCAUGACGUCUCCGGUAGGGAGAGGCUUCUCCUGUUGAACAAUGCCACGGGCGGCCGGGUCGGGAAGAGGGAGAUUGUCACGCCGGAGAUGAUGGGUGCCAUGGCGCAGGCGGGCGUCGUUGGUGCCGGUGCCGCCUCGGGGCCGCCGCCGUAUAGGGCCCGGCAGUAUCUGCGGAAGAACAUGAUUGUGACGGUCGAGCCCGGAAUCUACUUUUGCAGAGAGUAUAUUGAGGGAUACUUCCUCAGCAACCCCCGCCACGCGCGCUUCAUCAACAAGACGGUCCUCGAGCGGUACUACCGCGUCGGCGGCGUCCGUAUCGAGGACGAUAUCCUGGUCACGGAUGACGGGUACGAGAACCUGUCUACGGGCGCGCCAAAGGGGGAGGAGCUGUUGAGGGUUAUUAAUGGAAAGGUGUAG